AUGGCGGCGGCUACGUGUGAAUUAAAAUGGUUGAAAAAAUUACUAGGUGAUUUGGGAGUUCAUCAUCCACAUGGUAUGCGUCUUCUAUGUGAUAAUCAAUCGGCUUUGUAUAUUGCUCAGAAUACAGUUUUUCAUGAACGAACAAAGCAUAUUGAAGUUGAUUGUCAUCUGGUUAGAGAUGCUAUCAUGCAGCAGCUUAUUACGCCUUCUUACACUCCUACAACAGUGCAAUUGGCGGAUAUUUUUACUAAAUCUUUAGGGAAAGCUCAGUUUCAAAAUCCAUUUUCAGUUUGGAAUUACGAAGGCAAAAUAGUGUACGAAGACAUAAUUGAAGCAACCGAGGAUUUCGAUACUACAUAUUGCAUUGGAACGGGAGGGUAUGGGAGUGUUUACAAAGCAGAGUUAUCAACAGGUCAGGUCGUUGCUGUGAAGAAACUUCACUCGUCAGAUGAAGAUUCCGAGAUAUUGGAUCUCAAGUCAUUUGAAAGUGAAGUUCAUGCACUGACAGAAAUCCGACACCGGAACAUUGUGAAACUUUUCGGGUUUUGUUCUAAUCUUGAAAUGCGAAUCUCAUUUUUGGUUUAUGAGUUCGUGGAAAGGGGAAGUUUGAAAAAUGUUUUAAGCGAUGGGGUACUAGCAGUGGAGUUCGAUUGGAUUAAGAGGGAACCUACGGAUAUGUUGCUCCAGUUAGCAAUUCACAUCCAUUUAUUUGUUAAUAUUAAUGAUGUUGCAGAGCUUGCCUAUACAAUGAAGGUGACAGAGAAAUGUGAUGUUUACAGUUUUGGGGUAAUUAUAUUAGAAGUACUCAUGGGAAGGCAUCCAUCUGAAAUCAUCACAUUACUCUCGCAAGUUCGUCAUUCAUCUUCGUUUUUAGAUGAUAUAGGGAAAAACAUAAGGUUGAGAGACAUCUUAGACCAGAGUAUUGCAGCACCACCAAAUGUCGUUCAAAAUGACAUAAUGUGUACUGUGAAAGUUGGAUUUUCGUGUUUACGUGGUGAUCCACUUACUCGUCCAACUAUGGAAGAAGUAUCCGCUAUGCUCAACAGCUCAGAGCAACGCAUCUGUGCCGAAGUCCUUUGA